AUGAGGUGUGGCGCGUCUGCUAGGCCACCAGGUGCAAUCUAUGUCAGUUGUAUUACUUUGAAUCGUCCUCGGGUAAUCAUAAAUGGGCCUAUAAAACAAGAAGCUCCAGUGAUUGUACCAGAACAAGUCCCCCUUGAAGGGCAGUUUGUACCAGAGCAGCUCCCGCCUGUAAAGCCUGUGGAAUCAGUUGCUGUGGCUUCAGCUUCAGUAGGAAAACUGGAGAACUUUUCUUUGGAUGAGAUCCCACUAGAUAUGCUCCCUGGCGGACUAUUUGGGCGAAGUGAACAAGCACCCGAGGAUCUCCAUGUCGAAGGACAAGCACCAGUGUUUGUGCCAGAGGAUAUCCAUGUUGAAGAACAAGCACCAGUGUUUGUGCCAAAGGAUAUCUAUGUUGAGGAACAAGCACCAGUGUUUGUGCCAAAGGAUCUCCAUGAUGAAGAACAAGCACCAGUGUUUGUGCCAGAGGAUCUCCCUGUUGAAGAACAAGCACCAGUGUUUGUGCCAAAGGAUCUCCCUCUGCCAAAGGUUCUCCCUGGUCGAGGUGAACCACCAUUGUUUCUGACAGACUAUCGUCCUUUUAAAGAACAAGCACCAGUGUUUGUGCCAAAGGAUCUCCCUGUUGAAGAACAAGCACCAGUGUUUGUGCCAGAGGAUCUCCCUGUUGAAGAACAAGCACCAGUGUUUGUGCCAAAGGAUCUCCAUGAUGAAGAACAAGCACCAGUGUUUGUGCCAGAGGAUCUCCCUGUUGAAGAACAAGCACCAGUGUUUGUGCCAGAGGAUCUCCCUGUUGAAGAACAAGCACCAGUGUUUGUGCCAGAGGAUCUCCAUCUGCCAAAGGUUCUCCCUGGUCUAGGUGAAACACCAUUGUUUCUGACAGAUUAUUAUCCUGUUGAGGAACAAGCACCAGUGUUUGUGCCAAAGGAUAUCUAUGUUAAGGAACAAGCACCAGUGUUUGUGCCAAAGGAUCUCCCUCUGCCAAAGGUUCUCCCUGGUCGAGGUGAACCACCAUUGUUUCUGACAGACUAUCGUCCUUUUAAAGAACAAGCACCAGUGUUUGUGCCAAAGGAUCUCCUGUUGAAGAACAAGCACCAGUACUAUCGUCCUUUUAAAGAACAAGCACCAGUGUUUGUGCCAAAGGAUCUCCAUGAUGAAGAACAAGCACCAGUGUUUGUGCCAGAGGAUCUCCCUGUUGAAGAACAAGCACCAGUGUUUGUGCCAAAGGAUCUCCCUGUUGAAGAACAAGCACCAGAGUUUGUGCCAAAGGAUAGCUAUGUUGAGGAACAAGCACCAGUGUUUGUGCCAAAGGAUCUCCCUGAUGAAGAACAAGCAACUGUGUUUCUGCAAGAAGAUUGCCUUGCUAAAAUCAGGGCUGCAGGAGCUAGAGGUGUUGACCGAGCCGAUGCUGGAGGCAGAGUGACUUCGGCUCUCUCAGUUUUUGAGGGUUCACAAAAUAUUCGCUAA